AACGUUUGUGAAAACGGCAGCCGUAUAGGUGAUACCUAGCGGUGGCGGUGUGCCCUAGGUGCACCCCACAGUAACAUGCUCGGGAGUUACGUCGUAGGCGUUCGCGCCUCACCAGGGCCCCGCCGCGAUCAGGCAAAACGCCUGUCAGCUUACUACCCACGAAAGCAACAACGAGAGCAAUUCAAGCCGGCUCUUCUUGUUCCCCAACCAUCAGUAUUACUGUUGCGAUCCUCGCAGCCAUCGAGCAAAGCAAAAUUGACUCAGCAGAAGCAGAAUCUUGCUGGAACAGCCGUCGUAAAGUUUCUUCCGCCUUUCGUUCGUGUCACAACAGCAGCCGCCGUCUGAAGAGAGUUCAGCAAUAACGAGACUGUGUUUAUUAUCAUCGAUAUUGAUUUGUAUUGUAUGAAUUUUCUCCGCGGGCUGCCUCUUUCCGUUAGUGUUCGCAAACGACGCGCUCGUCACCGACGUCGCAUGGCGACAGACCGUCCUCUUGCCAUUAUUCGCUGCCUGUGCAUCUAAUCAACGGGAUACUGCAGUCCGAAUAUUGACGACGACAACAACAACAGCAAAGAGAGGCUGUCGUCCAUAUAGGCCCUUAACAAGAAUAUAACGGAUCUUCAGCACCUGUUCUUGCUGUUUAUUUGGAUCAGCUGUGCUGUGCGUAUAUUGUGUGUGAAAGCUGCAGCCACUAUAGCUGGUGCAGCCUUGCUGAUACGUCCCCGUAACAGCAGCUGAACGUCGUAUGGACACGCGCAUACUCAGUGGACGUCGAGAAGGCUACAAUUGGAAAUACACAAAAACAAGCUAGAAACACAUCGACCAGCAACCUUUUUUCAGUCGUAUCAAUUUCUCCUAAGGAUUUUUCUGGUUUUAUGUUACAUUAGUUUGAUCUACGCGUCGCCAUCUCAGUAGGGCCUCACGCUGGUAACAGCCGAAUGCCAACGUUGCAUUCGCGUUCGACUUACGACGUAAUUUCGUCCAUUCGCUGCGUCCAGGCCGUCUACGUAAUGGAUGCGCAGCAAGCCACUCUAUUCAACAACAAAAUACGACGAAGCGUGUCACCUACCGGCGGAAACAAAGCAUUAGAACUAAGCGGUAACAGAGAGUUGUCUUUACCCCCUGCGGAGUGCGCCUACACACGGCUUUAAGAUGUUAUACAUUUUCAGUGUCGAACAAGGAACCAUGCUCACUUUUGAGAUGGACUACGCUUGUCAGAGCGUGGACAACUUGAAAAGUGCCAUCGACCUGACGCAGAACGUACCCAAAGAGAAACAGGUCUUGCUUAUUUCCGGUGGCGAAUGCCUGAACAACUCGCGAACGGUAGCCUCGUACGGGGCCGGCACCGAUACUAACCCAAUAUUUUUGUUCAACAAGACGCUGUACGCGGACCUACAGUUGCCCAGUUCACCGGAAGUUGGUCGACAUCAGUUCAAUAACCCUCAUUAUGAGCGACAAGAAGCGCUUACAUUGCAGAAGUUACAAUCGCAUUGUGCGCUUGAACCCACCAUGGUUACGAUCAGGAAACGAACGCAAUUUGCUCAAGAACUCUAUGAACUAUCAGUUCAGGAGGCUAAGCUGUGUCGGCAAAAGGUGCACGAACAGCAUCUCCAGCAGCAGGCGUGGUCAGCGGUAAUUGCCAACCUUGAGGACGCAGGCGUAGCGUUCGAAAAGCGGUCGCGUAGAUUUUUGCUCCUUUUCGAAACGUUUGUGGCGCGCAAUGCCGAAUUUCAAAUGAUUCAAGACAAUUUCCCCGAGGAUUGUAUGUUACUCGCCAGGCUCCCGCUACUGACUAAGCUGACCCAAACAUCACAACAUCAGGAAAUGAACGAUUUGAACCUGUCUUCGACUGACGGACUGCCGGCCACUCUUCUGGACUACGUUAUUCGAUCAAACCCAGAAAACAGUUUGGAGGAUUUGGCCGAACAGUGUCGUAAAGGGCUGACGCAGUUGACUCCGGAGGUGCUUGAAGAGAUGCGGAAAAUGAUCAAGGAAAUCCUUGAUAAGACCAGCCAGCCGAAUUUCAAACAUAUUAAGGGUCUGGAAGAUCGUCUGAGCGGACUCGAGGAGCUGAUGCGGAAGGCCGACGACCUGGUCAUUAGGCAAGAGCCAAAUUGUCAGAGUUUCUUGCUGAUGCAGGCAAAUGCUGCCAAGCUGAAAGACAGUGAGCGUUCGCUAAUGAUUCCUGAUUUAUGUAGCACUCAACCCGAGAUCCUGCAAAAGAUGCAUCUAAAUUAUACGAUGCUCAAGGACAUUACGCGUCGUUGUUCAGUGGCCAAGAACGAACUGUCAGAAAAUCUAAAGUACCGCUUGGCAUACAUUACCCAGGUAGAAGGGAGCAUCGGUGAUAUAUCGACUAAGCUUAAAGUCUACGAAAAGCGGAUUGAAACCUUCUCCCGGAUCCUUAACAAAAUGGAGCAGAUUCAUAGCGCACCGCAAAUUUAUGCAAGAUCUGUUGCCGAGGUGGUUCGGCGAAAGCGCUUCUCAUCCCUCUAUCUCAAGUGGGCCGGAGGGUUAUCCGCGCAUUGUAAAGAGGUCUACAGAAACGAGCUGGCUCAAAGGAGGGCGUACAAGGAGCAAACGCGGAGUCACUUCUUGCGAAAGCUCUUCCCAGGCCUCGAUGAUGUUCCGCCCCCGUACGCCACGUCGACCCCGGAGAUUUUCGAUGAUCGCUUACCACCUGUCGAACUCGUUGACGUCGAACAGCUCAAGCGCGCCAUGCCGGCAGAUCUUGCCGGCUUACUUGAGAGCAGCACCUCGGUACCUUCGCUAUCGCUGAUGGACAUUGACAACGUCAGCCACUCGGCCUCAGAUAUCUCGUCGAAGAAGACAGUCGAAUCAGACGCUGUAUCCCAUCAGGAGGUACGAGUUUACGAUAUGGUUACGGCCUCAAGCCCUGCUGAUCCCGGAUACGUCACCGACAACAGUAACAAUGUUCUAAUGGAGCUCAGCGUAGAAAAGGUGGGUACCGGCAGCGAAGCUGCCUCUGCUCAAGAACAGAAGAUAUGCGUCGAUGUACUGCACUGUGAAGAGAUGCGGGAAAAAGUUCGCGGUUGCGUGAACGACCUUCGUGUCACUGUUGGCGCUUUCGUGGAUGACACGACUAUGCUUGCGCAGGAUUUACGGCGUUGGACAGGAGAACUGGCUGAGGAUGCAACCAAAGUAGCGACGACCGUUGCUGCCAUAGUUCAGGGAGGCCAAGACAAAGAGAAAUCUCUUGAGAGACAGCUUGAAAUUGAGCUUCACAAGCUUAAGGAUGCUCAAGCUGAGAUCGAACUCUACUACGAUCAGCUCCGCCAGAUGAAGGAGCUUGUGGACCACUCCAAACAAGAAAUAGAGAUUCAGAAAGCUGAUUACGACUCGCGGCUAACCAAGUUGCAGAUGGAGCACGAGCUCGAGCUAGAGAAUGUUGAGGCACGAUACAAACAGGAACUUACGCAACUUAAUGCUCGGAUAACCGAGAUACAGGAACAGAAUGAGCGGCUGAUCGUCGCUCAGGAAGAUCAUGCCACGCAGUUAGCGAACGUCGUAAUCGACCACGAGGGGCGUUUGGCGCGACUUCACGAAGAAUUCACUGCUCGCGAACUUGCCGUCCGCGAGGACCUUGAGCGCCACCACAAGAACGAGCUUGAGUCGCUUCGGUGUCGGUAUAAACUGACGACGAGCGUUAUGUCGACGUCUUCGAGCACCAUUGGCAGUGACGUGGUCAGCAGCCUGAGUUCACCACAAGGCGGAGUGACUGGCCCAUUGUUACUGCCAGCCGGAAUUUCACAUAGCCAAGAGAUCGAAAAUCGUUGGAGACUCCGCGAAAUGGAACUUGAGGAAAGAAUCCGUCAACUCGAGCGAAUGCUUCAAGACAGAAACAAUGAUUCCCCUUCUCCGGCAGUGGUAGCCGGGGUCAUGGACACCAGCUGUACGUCGGCGAUGAGCAGUCUGCAGAUGAUGGUCGACUCCCAGUAUCGCGUCAUGGCCGAAAGCGCUGUCGGAACUUUAGCAGGGCCCGGAAUCGGCGGCGGAACGUCAACGGCGAUGGUUGAAUCGACAGUCGUUCGGCUCCAGCCGUCCCACACCAACAACAAUAAUCCGGCAACAGCGAUGGAACUAAUCGAGCAGCUUCGUGCGAAAGAGGCCGAAAUCCAACGGAUACAGAUGCGUCUAGUUUCCAGCUGCGGAACGGGAUCGUUGCCAUCAUUGAGCAGCGACCGAGUAUCGAUUCUCAGCUGCGUCCACGGAGACGUCGUUCUACUUGCGUAUGACGACAAUCAUGAAAAUUAUGUCAUCUUUAUGCUCGGUCCGCUGUUGCAUUUCCUACACAGGGACUCGCUCGAGGAGCUUCGGCUGAGUACGGAUCGGGAGAGAUCUACGAAACGCUGGAUCAUUGGCGAGGUCGUCGACAAAGAGUACUGCGAGGCCAGGAGGGCGGUGAACCGGUAUAGGCUAGCUGUUGGUACGCGCUUCUUCCGUGUCAAGGUUCGGCCGUGGGAUCGUCAGGGAGCCAUGCGUCGAGAACAGGAGCGUCGCCAAGUUCUCAAGGCGGCGGCAACGGCAACGACAGGGGCGGCUACGCUGUCAGUCCCGCUCGGCAACAACAGUGAAAACGCUGGUGCUAACGUAGCGUCAGCCGUGGCUCUGGCAACAACACUGAGUUUAAACGCUGCUACAACCACAACAGUAACCGCUGGAGUGGGAGGACCCUCAGACGGACCAAAUUUGCCGGCUAGCGCCGCUUCACCCGUUGCCUCGCCAGCUACUUCAAUUUAAUCUAAUUGAACCGAGUCAAUAAUUCUGACGCUAACGAUAAUAAGAGCAAGCGCAUUUACAACAACGAGCAAUUAGAAUAACGACAAAUGGAGCGCCCCGUUAACGACUCAUUAAGCGAAGGAAGGUACAAGGCAACGAUGUAGAUCGGACAGCCACAAUGAUAGAGAACUUAAGCGUAAAAAUUAACAGCAACAAAGGCAAAAACAAUAAUAACACCUAUGACGAGAGGAACAGUGGCGUUGUUAGCAUUUGUAAGGGUUACAAAAAGGCGAUCUAGAGAAGAGGAUCGGUUUAGCCACUGCUAGUAACAGCGACUAAUGCAAUGAUGGGUUCGUCUUUUUGUUAGAUUCGAUAACGACAGUUGAGGGGAUGUAAAGUCAGGAUUUAAAAGGCGCACUCAGAUUAGAUAUAUAUAUAUAUAUAUAUAUAGAGGUUAAUUCCAAAUUUUACAGGAACAAACGACAGGGACUUGCUUUUUAAAAUUGAUACAAGGCUUAUUUGAACAUCAUAAUGACAAUGGGACUCCACUGAGGGCCGAUCAUGCGUGCGCAGUGGGUGAAGAAUCGAUACCCGGUGGCAAAAAAUUGGCUAUUCAUCACGAUGAUAACAUACGUUGUGCAUGAAUGUAUGAGUUCGUAUGUUUGUGGCUUUGAGUAAGUAGCUCGUUUCGGCUAGACGGAACGGCCGAAUCACGGUGCCGGUACCUUCUAAUCAAAUUUUAUUACAUCUAGUAUCUUCGAAACACCAUUUCUUUCUGCCAUAAAUGAUCGUAACGAUCACGGGUUAUCUUCCAAAGAUCAGUUUUACACUGAGUCAUCUGUCCAUACGCCGCUCCUAUGCUAAAAAGUAUCCACUGGGUGCUAUUCAUUUAUUAUAAUGUUUAGGGAAGCAUAGACAGCUAUGAACGGUAUCGCAGUCAAGCUAGAUAACAAGAAAGCUUUGGUGGAAAAUAUGGUUGAUGACCGAGGCAACAGGUAACGAGGAGUAACGAAUCGUUUGCGGAUCUUUUCUAAUAGAUAGAAAUAGAUCGAACGACUGCGAAUGAAUUUAGCACUAACUAAACAUUUUAAUAGUAGUCUUACAGUAAUUACGGUAAUACAGAAUGAAUCGACGAUGGCAAAUCGUUGUUUCAACGAGCUGGUCUCGGCAGAUGAAGAAUCGGAUUUAUGUGCAGGUUAGGGUGGUAACGCCAUAUAGCGAUACAUACGGAACCAUUAAAAAUCUGUAAGAAUGGAUGAAGCUGAUAUAAACGUUAAGCGUGGCUGAGCAUUCAGUAAGAUCUUGAAUGACAAAAUCUACUUCAGCAGAUCCUGAUGUAAUGAAACGAAGAAGGCCAAUCCUGUAAAGGCAUAGGCAACUGCAGGCAGGUAUUAAGACAGCAAAGGACAGGCCAGUGGUAAUGGUCAUGCGAAAAUGACCAUUUGAAAAUUUUACACGGAUACGAACCUCGGGAUCGCGGCAAAGGAAUAAAAUGCAACAUGUUUCAAGUUGACAAUAGAAAUACUGAUUAUAAUUCUUUAUAUCCACAUAUAUGAGCGUUCAUAUAAUAUAACAGAACAUACAUACAUAUAUAUUAUAGCUACACGAUCUACGUUUCGAUACCUGUUUCUGCCUCUGCCGUUUGAUUCUGUGAAUGAAUUCCGCUAUUGUCGUCAUUUUCGCCGUUAGACAAAAGGCAAGACGAUACAAUAUCUUUCAAACUGAUAUAAAUACAGCCGUUGUUGUUGACCCGAAUAUGAUUGGCAAUUACGGUUAUGGCUGUAGCGAUCAUUAACGACAUCUAUUAUUGUUAUUUCACGGUCCCUUCGCAAAAUUCGCUUCUGCCUAUAUCGAUGCCCUUUUUAUCUGGGGUGGGAAGAGAUCAAAAUCUAUCCGUUGGGUGACUGCCAGCAAGCAAGAACAGACGUACGAAUGGGCGAGUUCACGAGGCAAGAGCUGAGUGCAUGUGAAAUAAGCGAUGAUAUAUAAGCGAAAAGAUAAUAAAUAAUGAGUUUCAGCGAAGAAACUAGUCUAUGUACGUGUGCCCGGUUUUACAGCACUGAAAUUUUCCUAUCGGGUGUCUUCACAUCUACUUGCGCACCUUCUAUUUUUGUCUAUACGCUCACAACGAAAAAGAACAGGAGUCGAAGGUGGAUAACAGUAACAAUAAUGAUGAUAAUGAUAGUAACAAUAGGUGUGUAGAGGAUUGACUGAAAGGACCAUUGAAAAAGCAAUCUUAAUGUACAUAGAAGAUAAUAGAUAGGGGCUGUACGUGUACGACGGGUUCAGUAUGAAAGGAUUCGUAUGCUACCAUAUUCUACAAGAGAGCUAAGUGUAAAAAGAACAAUAUUGAUAGUAGUAAUAAUAUAAACAGUAGCGUAUAUACAUAUAAUAAUCAGCGGUUUGUCAUAAUUCAUCGAUUACCGGUGGCUGGCUAACAGACAUGUUAGGUAUACGCUAACACGAAGAGAAGAUCCAUAAUGAUCUUAAAAAUGGCGUGUCGUUUCUAGACACUGAGAUUUGCGACAACAAUAGAACUACGUCGUUCGUAGGAGUUAGUAGCAUAAAGCUCUAAUAGUUGAUAAUGGAUGCGGUGAGGACAAGUAGAAGAAGAACGACAGAGACUUUUCACAGAUCUGUGCGCGAUCGAGGAGUCGACAAAAUGGUGGGACUCAUGCGCGACUGUAUGAGGACCAGGCAUAACGACGAGGAAAACAAAUAGCCGAUAGGUAACACCGCGUCGAUGGUGAUGACGUUGGUGAUUCUAACGAUAAUUAGGUGAUAGCACUAGAAUCCGGACGACGAUGAGAAAAUAGUUAACAAAGUGCAACUCUGCGACGUAACGUUUCAUCGGACGACGUAACGACGGAUUAUGCGCUGUGGCACAAGUGAUUCCGAUGAUUCAUAGAACUUCGAACGAUAACUUCAACCGCAAGAAGAAUGGAAUCACGAUGGAGGGUCGUACGAGCAUAUAACGAACAUGAACACGCAGACUAUUUAUGAUAAUUACUAUUUACUAACUGUACGAGGCGAUGAACGAGUCACAAUACGAAACAAAAUUAUAGCUUGACAUUUUGCGAGCUUCUCGUCCCCUCACUGACUAUAUCUACGUCCCUAAAUUCUCAGAAUGCGAUUUGCCUCUCUUUCAAUCAAGCAACUCAUGCUGUUAUGACGGCUGCCGCUGUUCCGCGACCGUAUUCAUUGGCAAUAUCGAUAGCACGCAAUAGAAGGCGUGUGGAAACCACAUGCAGUAACAACAAAUCAAGCGGAAUGAUUAGGCGAACAACAAGCCGCCGCCGCCGCCGCCGCCGCCGCCGCCGCCGCCGCCGCCGUAGCAACAAUGACAGUGGCAGGUACGAGUGACCAUUAAACGAUGAUGCCAUGAUAUAUAUAUAUAAUGAUGUUAUAAUUAUGGUAAAGUAAUAAUUAGUAAUUGUGUAUCCAUGCAAGAGAACUGAGAUGAAAAAGAAGAGAGCUGAAGCUAUUGAAUUAAGGUUCACUUUAGCCAUCUUUUGAUAGAUGACGAACUGUAAAAAGCUGCUGGAACGCUGAUGGGAUUCUAAAGCAAUGGCGGUUUUGGGGAGACGUUUAAUCGAAGAACUAACUGACAGACUCACACAAUAUAUAUAUAUAUAUAUAUAUAUAUAUAUGUAAUACUGACGGGAGAGAUGUCGGUAAUCGUCAAGAUGGAAACAAAGUGGAUGUAUAUGAAACAAUAGCUACUACGAUAGGCAAAUAACGAAGUGAUGCCAAUAUUAUUAAUUAUGAAAAACAUAGUUAGUGAUCACGUCGGCGAUAACGGUUACGUGUCAAGUGGUGAUCGAUGUAGUACAGCGCGAGACAGAAGGAGUAAAAAAAA